UGUUAUUUAUUCACUGCAGUUAAUGCUAGUCCCUCUGUCUGUUCUCUCCUUACAGCUGGGACUGCACGCUUAUAUUGUACAUCCAUACAUAUUUUAACUACAUCAUGUCUGAUGAUCAGCUAUCUCCACCUAAUGGUGGGCUGACUCAUUCAUCUCAGGACCAUAUCCUAGCCCCUUCUGAAUUAUUGCAACAGAUGGUGUCUACAUCGGUCCAAUCCGCCCUGGCCUCCGCCAUGUCAUCUGUCAAUGACAGCAUAUCAAAAUCUGUUUCCAUGGCGUUGUCACGGCAACACCGGGAAGGGCCGGCCUCUUCAGAUACCCCCUUGGUCGCCUCCCACAUACAAUCCCAGGCUUCCAGCCUACUAAGACCCGGCAAGUCGGACCGGAAGAGACGCUAUUGCUCCGACUUAGAUACCCACCUUACCAAUACACCUACUAUUGGAGGUGGUUCUAAACUAACUAAGACCUCAGUGCCUCCUGAGGAUACCAAUGUGAGUGCUCAGAACCCCACAGAUGGGGAUGACGUGCCCGGUGGAACCUCUCGGUCCUCCAGGCGUAAUAAACCCGACUCUUUUGUUGAAGAUUCAGAUGGCACCUCAGACUCUGGGGAUGAUGAUUUAUAUGAGUUGGAGGACGAGGAUCUGGAAGGGAACGCGAGUCGUUCUCCUCCACAUGGCUCCGCUGACACAAGCGCCCCCGGGGCGAUCUUGGAUUCCAUGGGAAUUCCAUUCUUCAGCCCGGAGAAUAUCAAACACCCCCGUUCGGGGGAGUGGACGCCCAUGUCACAGGUGGCUGAUUAUGUUUCGGCUUGGCUGCGCAAAUCUUUAGAUGGUCGCAACCGCAAUAAACUGAGGGCGGAGUGUCCACGACCGUCACUGCCCAAUAAUGUUGCCACGACGCCAGAGUUGGACCCCAUUCUGGUGCGCUAUCUGGUUAAGACCGGUAAAAACCCUAAAAAGGGUAUUGACAAAUCUUUCAAAACUGUUCAGGACAAAUUGUUGGAUGUCCUUGGGCCUAUGACUAAGAUUUUACAAUUGGCCGAACAUGCUGUCGCUUCAGGUGAAGUAAUUGAUGCAGACAUUUUACGGGGCUGGGCAUUACGAGCAGUUUGCUUGCUCGGCAAUGCAAACACUGCGGCGUCUACGGAACGCCGGAGAUCCAUCCUUAUGCGGCUGGAUCCCCAACUUACUCACCUGGCUACCGACGAACCUGGUCCGCCAGCGGACGGUUUACUAUUCGGGGAGGCCUUUCUUAAAAAUAUAAAUAAGUAUGUUGGCCUUUUCUCGGGCCUUGACAAAGCCCAAUCCUCUUUAAAAAAGGUGGGCGCUAACAAGGUUUUCCCCAGGGCUGGAAGGGGUAGGGGUCGCCCUUCCGGCCGUGCCACCAACUAUAGACCCUAUAACAGGGGCCACUACAUGCCUGACAGACAAUAUUACACACCAGUUCCCCAGCCACCACAGCCCUCGACUCCAUUCUUUCCACCUAGAGGACGUCCGUGGAGAGCGAGGGGUGCCAGCCGCGGAUACCCAAGAUCCAGGGGCACAGGAUAUUGAAGAAUGGUUCUGCCUUGCCACGGUUCUUUGUUGGGGUCAGCUGCGUGACCUAUCCGGUUGAUCGUUCCUGUUUGAAGAUUGACGUUCUGCGUUAUUGGUUCAAGAUCCUCCGUGUGGACGCCGCCGCGCGAGUUCUGCAGUUUCGAUGCUGGAUUUCGUCACGGCAUAAAGAAAGAGGAGGAGGAGGGGCUGCAGCUUGGUUAUAUAGGGCAGUCUAUGCUUGGAUUGGUGGGAUGGAGGAGGGAGUUGCUAUGGUUACUAGGUGCUUGGACACCUGUGUUUUCUUUUUCUUUUUAUGUUUAACACUGUCAUUCUUUCUGCUAAUGGGCAAAAUAAAGAAGGAUAAUGCAUUCUGAUAUUCGCCUCCUGUCUUAAUAAAAUCAAUAUU